AUGGGAAAGAUUAAAUUUGUUGAUGAUUGUGAUCUGGGAAACACAACGCAGAAACCUAAUAAGAAGAGGAAUGAAAAUAAGGAGAAGAUACAAAAGGACGAUCCAGAGGCUGACUUGAAGAAGGUUACGCACUUGAUAAACAACUCUAAUUGUAACUGGAAAAUGCAUACGAUAAAUCUAUGGAGUAGCAGUGAAUUUGAGUUUGUUUUAAAAGUUGACAUAAAGGCCAUGGACCCUAAGAAGAAGGAUGUGAUUAUGAGAGAUCUUGUAGCGCUUACAGACAGUGAAGAGUAUUAUAAAAGGACAGGGGAAGCUUGGAACAUGAGUUACCUUUUGUAUGAACCUUUAAGGACAUGCAAGAUAGCAAAUAUGGUGAAUCUAAUGAGUUAUAGUAGCUAUUAUCUUGAGCUAACUUCGAUAAGAAAAAACUGGGAACUCAGGAAGAUGUUGCUAGCGAUGGCUAGUAAAUUCAUCAUUGAUCUACAGGAUAUAGACUGUCCCUUGGACCCCACGAGAGAAAGGGAAGAUAAAGGAGACCAGAGAAAUAAAGAGAUAAGAAGAAGAAUGUAG